AAAAUAUAAAGUCAUAAUUGCGGAAACGGGUUAAGGACAGAGGGCUUAAAAACAAGAACACCUCCACUGGUAGGAGGGAAGAGGGAGCAGGUGGCAAGGGUAAAGUGAGAGAGUGGCAGAAGAGGAAUUCCAGCUGAUAUUUAGGCCACAUCUUCCCUCCAAAGACACAGAUUCUACAAGCUGCUUCCUUCACAGAGCCACUGACCCCAAGGGAUCCCAGCUGAAUUCGUCUUGAUCUCCCCAGGAACGAAGUAUGAGCACUGCUGGCAAAGUUAUUAAAUGCAAGGCUGCCAUUGUAUGGGAAGCAGGGAAACCCUUUUCCCUUGAGGAAGUUGAAGUUUCCCCUCCAAAAGAGCAUGAAAUACGAGUUAAGAUUAUUGCUACCGGGGUGUGCCGCACAGAUGAUCAUGCCACGAGUCCAAGUUUUAAAGAGGGCCUUUUCCCUGUCAUACUAGGCCACGAGGGAGCUGGAAUCGUAGAGAGCAUUGGUCCAGGAGUGACUAGAUUUAAACCAGGUGACAAAGUUAUCCCACUGUAUCUUCCUCAGUGUGGACAGUGCAAGUUCUGCUUGAGUCCCAAAACUAACCUCUGUGAACGGAUCAGCAAAGCAAAGACACCAAUUUCUGACCAAGACCUGAUGCUUGAUGGCACAAGCAGGUUCAUGUGCAAAGGAAAGCAGAUUUACCAUUUCAUGGGAACCAGUACCUUCUCCGAAUACACAGUUGUGGUAGAAAGCUCUCUUGCCAAAAUUGAUCCUGCUGCUCCUCUAGAUAAAGUCUGUUUGACUGGGUGUGGCUUUUCCACGGGUUAUGGAGCUGCUAUUAAUACUGCCAAGGUCGAGCCUGGAUCUACCUGUGCUGUCUUUGGUUUGGGAGGGGUCGGCCUUUCUGCUAUCAUGGGCUGCAAAGCAGCUGGAGCAUCUCGUAUCUUUGGGAUUGACAUUAACAAAAGCAAAUUUGCCCUGGCAAAAGAGCUGGGAGCCACUGACUGCCUCAGUCCUGAGGAUUUCAAGAACCCCAUUCAAGAGGUUAUAGCUGAAAUGACCGAUGGAGGGGUAGAUUUUGCCAUCGAGUGCAUCGGAAACAUAAAAGUAAUGAAAGCUGCUCUCUGCUGUACCACUGUUGGCUGGGGCACCUGUGUAAUCGUCGGAGUGGCUGUGGGUGAAGAAGGAUUCGUUGUUUCUCCGCUGGACCUGAUAAUGGGCCGGAAAAUCAACGCCACCUUUUUUGGAGGCUGGAAGGGUGUGGAUUCUGUACCAAACCUGGUGUUGGAUUACAUGGCAGGGAAAUUCAGCCUGGAUGCACUUGUAUCUUACACUUUGCCUUUUGAUAAAAUCAACGAAGCAUUUGAUCUUAUGCGUCAAGGGAAAAGCAACCGAACUGUAUUGGUGUACUAAGAACCCAGUACAAACGCCGGAGGACUAGAAGCCCAACAAAAUGUGAUCCUUAUUCAGAUCUGCCCCACUGACUUCUGAUUAAUGGUAUCCCCUUGGACAUUGUUUGCAAAAGCAUUUCUUUGUGAUACAUGAGCAUAGAAUUCAACAUCUCCAAGCCAUAGGUGCAAUAUUUUAGAGCAACUUUUUUAGUUCCUGUACUGUCAGGUCACUAUUAAAACUGACAAUUCCUGUUGUGUUGUGUCACUCAUGGAUUAAUAUAUACAUAUGAAUAUUGUGUUGGUGCAUCACAUUUCUAAAUGUGUAGGGUCACUUGUGUACAAAAUCAUUUUCUGUUAAAGCUAUCGUGUGAAAACAAUAGAUUCAAAUAGAUUUAAUCGGAUGUCACAAUAAAACAUUUGCAAUAAGUUCCUCGCUUCAGGGUGAUGACAUUUUGU